AUGGCUCCCGCUGCCACAGACGCCGCUCCUCACACGGCGAAGAACGUCAAGUCCGAGAACUCCAAGUCCGUCAAGGUUCUGGAGGAGCUUCUCGGCAAGUUGACCGUCUCGAAGGCUCAGGACGAGAUCAACGCCUCUGCGCUUGGCCUCGCCACCUUCAUCAACGGCGACAUUGAGGAGGGUGAUGCGCCCGUCAAGGCCGUUGAGCUGCUCCGGAAGCAGUUGGGCAACCGCAAGGAUGCCGUCGCCCGUGAGCGUGCACUCGACGCCAUCCGCGCCAUCGCUCAGCACUCGACCGUCUCCCCCGCCGUUGAGCCCUACCUCGUCUCGCUUCUGCCCGAUACUCUCAACGCCGUUGCCGACAAGAUGAGCGCCGUCAAGGUCGCCGCCCAGACUGCCUCCGAGGCCAUUAUCUCUGCUGCGAACCCCAACGCCGUCAAGGCCAUCAUCCCUCACAUCAUCCACUCGCUCGACACGACCCUCAAGUGGCCCGAGAAGAUCACCGAUCUCCAGUGCAUCGAGAUCCUUACCAAGAGCGCCCCCGCUCAGCUUGCCUUCCGCGUCCCCGACCUGAUCCCCGUCAUUUCUGGAGCCAUGUGGGAUACCAAGGCCGAGGUCAAGAAGGCCGCCUACGCCACCAUGGAGACCCUCUGCGGUCUGAUCUCCAACAAGGAUAUCGAGCGCUUCAUUCCCGAGCUCAUCAAGUGUAUCGCCAAGCCUGAGAACGUCGCCGAGACUGUUCACUUGCUCGGUGCCACCACUUUCGUCACCGAUGUCCACGAGCCCACCCUCGCCAUCAUGGUGCCCCUGCUCGAGCGUGGUCUCGUCGAGCGCGAGACUGCCAUCAAGCGUAAGUCGGCUGUCAUUGUCGACAACAUGUGCAAGCUCGUCGAGGACCCCCAGAUUGUCGCUUCUUUCUUGCCCAAGCUGAUGCCCGCGCUUGAGAAGAACUACGACAACUUGGCUGAUCCUGAGGCUCGUGAGAAGACCAAGCAGGCUUUGGACACCCUCAUCCGUGUUGGUCACGUCGAGAAUGGCAAGAUCCCUGAGAUCUCCAAGGACGGUGACAUUUCCACUGUUGCUGGCCAUCUCAAGGAUGUCAUUCCCGGCAGCGUCAGCCUUGACAAGUUCGGUCCCAUCAUUGAUUACAUUGGUGCCAUCGGUGGCCAGUUGAUCGAUGAGAAGGACUACGAGCCCUUCAACUGGCAGUCCAACAUCGGUCCCUUCCUCGCCAUCAUCGUUGGUGAUGAACAGGCCAAGGACCUCGUUGACGCCCUUCGCAAGCGCGCCGUCCCCGGCGCUGCUGCUGAGGAUGCCGUUGAGCCCGAUGAGGAGGAGGGCGAGGAUCUCUGCAACUGCACGUUCAACUUGGCCUACGGUGCUAAGAUCCUGCUCAACCAGACCCAUCUCCGCCUGAAGCGUGGCCAGCGUUACGGUCUUCUCGGACCCAACGGUUCCGGAAAGACCACCCUCAUGCGUGCCAUCAACAACGAGCAGGUCGAGGGUUUCCCCAAGCAAAACGAGGUUAAGACUGUGUACGUUGAGCACGACCUGGACUCUGCCGACACUGAGCAGACCGUUAUUGAGUGGACCCUGAAGAAGCUCCAGUCUGUCGGCAUCAACAAGCCGCAGUCUGAAGUCGAGAACACUCUCAUAGAGUUCGGUUUCGUCCAGGAGCAGCUCGAGAACCCAAUCACGUCGCUUUCCGGUGGCUGGAAGAUGAAGCUUGCUCUUGCCCGUGCUGUGUUCGAAGAGCCCGAUAUCCUGCUUCUUGAUGAGCCGACCAACCAUAUGGACGUCAAGAACGUCAAGUGGCUCGAGGACUACCUUAUCAGCUCUCCCUGCACAUCCAUCGUCAUUUCCCACGACAGCAAGUUCUUGAACAACGUUAUCCAGCAUGUCAUCCACUACGAGCGCUUCAAGCUCAAGCGUUACCGUGGUAACCUUGAUGCCUUCGUCAAGCGUGUGCCCUCUGCUCGUUCCUACCACGAGCUCGGUGCCUCCGACAUGGAGUUCAAGUUCCCCGAGCCUGGUUUCCUAGAGGGUGUCAAGACCAAGGCCAAGGCCAUUGUUCGUGUUAACAACAUGACUUUCCAGUACCCCGGUACCUCGAAGCCCCAGAUCUCCGAGAUUACCUUCCAGUGCUCGCUCGGUUCCCGCAUUGCCGUCAUUGGUCCCAACGGUGCCGGAAAGUCCACCCUUGUCAACGUCCUGACUGGUGAGCUUAUCCCCACUUCCGGAGAUGUCUACCAGCACGAGAACAUUCGUAUUGCCUACAUCAAGCAGCACGCUUUCGCGCACAUUGACCACCACUUGGACAAGACCCCCUCCGAGUACAUCCAGUGGCGUUUCCAGACUGGUGAGGACCGUGAGACCAUGGACCGCGCCAACAAGAUCGUCACCGAGGAGGACGAGAAGGCUAUGGACAAGAUCUACCGCAUCGAGGGUACUCAGCGUCGUGUCAUCGGUAUCCACUCCCGUAGGAAGUUCAAGAACUCGUACGAGUACGAGUGCUCGUUCGCCCUUGGUGACAACAUUGGCAUGAAGAACGAGAAGUGGACUCCCAUGAUGACUGCCGACAACGCCUGGAUUCCCCGUACCGAGAUCAUAUCCUCUCACUCCAAGAUGGUUGCUGAGGUCGAUCAGAAGGAGGCUCUCGCCAGCGGUCAGUUCCGUCCUCUGGUCCGUAAGGAGAUUGAACAGCACUGCGCCAACUUCGGUCUUGACGCUGAGUUGGUUUCUCACUCGCGUAUGCGUGGUCUGUCUGGUGGCCAGCGUGUCAAGGUCGUCCUUGCCGCUUGCUCGUGGCAGCGUCCCCACUUGAUCGUUCUCGACGAGCCUACUAACUACCUUGACCGUGAUUCCCUCGGUGCCCUCUCCAAGGCCAUCAAGUCCUUCGAGGGUGGUGUUAUUAUCAUUACUCACUCUGCAGAGUUCACCAAGAACCUCACUGAGGAAGUCUGGGCCGUCAUGGACGGCAAGAUGACUCCUUCCGGCCACAAUUGGGUACAGGGACAAGGUGCCGGCCCCCGGUUGCAGGAGAAGGGUGAGGAGGAGGAGAAGUUUGAUGCGAUGGGCAACAAAAUAGCCGGGACUGAAAAGAAGAAGAAGCUUACGAGCUCAGAGAUGAGGAAGAAGAAGAAGGAUCGUAUGGCCCGCCGCAAGCGUGGUGAGGAGGUCUUCUCCGACGAGGACGACUAG